AUGACGUCCUCAUCCUCGUCCAGCAGAGUCAAUCCCGGACCCUCUUCGUCCUCCCGCAACCUUCCAGGAGCCAUGCCAUCGACUCAGCCAGCUGAUCCUUCGGAGAUUUCGGCCACGGCCCAAGCUCUAUUACAAGCCCACUACGGUCGCUUGAAGCAGGGCACGGCCGCCUCUUCUGCAGACUCGCCCGAGUCACAACGCACACAACUCGGCAAGCUCGAGCAAGCCAUCGCCAACAUCGACAGAGUCUGCCUCCAACUUGACAAUCUGCAGGUGGCUCAGCAGCUUCAUGCCGGCAAAGGCUCAACAGCGCCGGUUGCCCGGACGCUACAGCCUCUUGGUCCGCUAGCUUUCUGGCCUGCCCGUCUUGCCACCGCCGACGACUCGGUCUAUGUACGACAAGAUGCACAGGGUCUCUCGCUGCGGGAUCAAGUACUGCUGGAAGAUGAAGCGCUACCGACACUGACCUCCAGGCCGAAGAAUGGGGGCAAGGUCACUGUGUCCGUCCGACUCUCGGAACCCAGUCGAACUGUAGAGGUGGCAUACGUCAAGAUGACCUACAGGGACGCACAGACGCAGCUGCAAGCACGGAAGGCACGCUACGUCGCCUCCGCAGCUGAGCUCAGACAGACUGUUGCUCCCGAAUUGCGAGCAGCCGCGCCAGAAGAUAUGAUGGCGGGAGCGGCGAUCGGAUGGACAGGAGGUCACACUGUCAGUCAGGAAAACGAGGCACUCAACGAGGAAGGAUUACCUUUCUACGAGCCGGUCGAGAAGAUCACAGAAGAAGAGGCGACGCAAAACAAGAAGGCGUACCUGCAGCCAUUCGUACGCUCAGACGACAAGCUCGCCACGGACAAGGAUGAACGACGACAAUGGCUUGACAAGAUGCUCAGCAAGUUGGAGGAGGAAGAAAAGGACGAGGACUCAGACGAGGAGGCGCAAGGUGCACAAGGAUCAUCUCUCGCCUCUUCAUCGACAAGAUCGGCAUCAGAGCAGAGUCCGUCGACGGAUGCAGCACCGUCUGCGGAAGAAGAGACUAGAGUUGUCCUUCGUGCUCGCACUCCAAGCCCUCCGCCAACUCCCGAAACCGAGACAAAAGCACUGCCCGAGAUCGUAUCAGCGACACGUCCGCCUCCACCCAAGUCAGCACUCAAGCCGACCGCACGUCCCAUCAUCGAGCAGCGUCCGUCGUUCGGCUCGGCCGGCAUCCGUCAUGGCUUUCUCAACCUCAACCCGUCCAGUCCGGGUGCUAUCAAGAGUUCCUACUCGUGGGAAGAUCUCGAGCGGGAAGAGAAGAAGAACAAGCCAGCGCAGGCGUCCGAGUCUGAACGCCCUUCGCGCAGCCACACGCCUACGCCAUUGAGUCGCGAAAGCAGCACCAUGGCCUCCUCCCUGCUGGGUCGAGUGACAGGAGCAAGUUCAAGCCCGAUGACGAGCGGCACCAGCACACCGACCAAGAAGAGCGUUCGCAUCAAGAGUCCCGAACGAGCGCAUCCAGAGGCAGCAGCUGGCUCGGGUCUCACACCUUUGCAACGGGCGCUGAGGUCCAGCAUCCGUGUCAAGGAGAACUAUGACGAGCCCAGUGCUUCGUCCCAGCCUGCGAUGGACGCUUCGUCAAAGAUGGCGCGAGCGCUCGAGUCUGGUUCCGGGACUGCGGGGAAGCGUCACCGCGAUGACAUCGGUGUAGAAGAAGAAGCCGAACGCAUUGUUCAACUUCUCGGGCCAGGUGUGGUGGAGGGUCACCCGAACGCUCCCUCUUCAGACGUGCUCAAGAAAAUGCAAGAGGCACACGACGAAGAACAGCGCUUCUCUACACCUGAAGCACUGGCCGCUCGAGCCAAACAAGAGGAGGAGGAGCGGGAGAAGGAGCGACUGCAGAGGUUGGCCGAGAAGCCGGCACUUGGUCAUUCGGUGAUGGAGAGACCAAAAUCGAGCCAGGACAAAGGAAAGGCAGUGUCGACGCAGGUCAAGGCGCAACAGGCCAAGUUCAGCGCUUUCAAGGCCGGCUUCUUGAAUCAGAAGCCGACACCGACCAAGUUCGUGCCCAACACCAAUGUGUCGCGGAAAGCAGGGAGCGGGGCUGGUGUGCCUGCUGCGCCCACUCAGUCGCUUGGCAUGUCGGCGCUCGAUCGCGCUUCGUUAGGAGAUGACGAGCUGAGCGAGCGGCGACAGGCGAUGGGGCUGCCGGCUGCCGUUCCGCAUGCAAGACCGUCGAAGGCCUAUGCGGAAAAGAUGAAGCAGCGACAAGAAGGCGGUGCAUCUCAGAGCCAGGACCAGGAUGAUUCAACAGGCACAAUAGCGGACAAGACGGUCAAGCUUGCAAGACCGACAGCGGACGACGAUGUACCUCGGCCAGGUCGCGUGCGCUUUGGUCCUCCUGCUGGCGCUGCUGAAGCUGAUCACGAUGACGGGGACGAGCAAGUCCCAGAGAUCAUGCCCUCGACAACGCUGGACAACCACCUGUCAGACGACAUCGACAAUGCGCAAGAACUGGACGAGGAGCAAGAGGAUCCCAAGAUCCUGGGCGAAGGUGCCGACACAGACGAGGAAGAUGCCUACUACGACUCGUACCUCUCCAAACGAUCUCGUCGCGCUGCCGCGUCUGACAGUCGAGGCUUGGACGUCGAUGAUGACGAUGAUGACGAUGACCUUGACGACGACAUUGAGGACGAAGACGACUGGGGAGUGGAUGAAGAUGACUUUGACGAGGACGAAGACGACGACUUCGACUACGAUCCAGAAGAUCUUAUGGCCCUAGCGCCGAAAAUGCGUGAGGAUGUGGACGCUCUCUCCGCGCAUCCAGAGCUACUCAAGGAGUAUGAGGAGGCGCGGGCUAGAUUGGCUGCGAUGGGUCUGGCCAUCCCUGGCGAUGCGGCUGCGGGCGGAAGCGACCAGACGAGAGCUGCAAUGAUCGCCGCAGCCAGAGCAGCGGGUCAGUCGCAGGCAGACGAGGAGGAUGAGGACGACUACGAGAUGGACGUGGUGCCGCUGGACGAAGCUGUGGAAGAUUCCGAGUAUCAAGGCAACACCUCUUCUACAGGCGCAGGACCUGGCUCGCGCAUCUCACGAUUCAAGGCGUCACUCGCGCAGAGACAGAUGGAAAACACGCGAAGGGCCGCACCAUCUUCCGGAAAGAAUCUGGAAGACAUGCUCUCAUCAGCUCAGAACCUGGGUCAGUCCCAGCCAUCCGCUUUCGAAGCAAAGUCCGCCGCCUUCAGCAUGGAUGGCCGCUCCAACGACGACGUCAACACCCGCGGUGCGCCGAUGAUGAUCAUUCCCUCGCUUGCGCCCGUGCGCUUCCCCAAGAACGGCGAUCUGGUGGAAGGCAAAUCCACGGGGCCUGUCGACUUGGACGGUGGCGAGAGCGACGACGAUGACGAAAAGGCCGAAAUGGUCAUGCGCAGUCGGCUGGAGAGGCUGGAGUGGAGGAAGGAGCAUCCGGAAGAAGCCAAGAGACUGUCAGAGAGCAAGCGGGCAAGGGAGAUGGUCGAGCAGGGCAAGGCACCUCCGCCUGUGGCCAGGAGAGAGGACAAGGAGGAAGUCGGGGAUGAGGCGAGCCAGGCCGAGGUGAAGCCCAAGAAGGUCAGCCGGUUCAAGGCUGCUCGUAUGGGUCAGUGA